AUGUCGGCCGCCGUGCAGUUUCCUUUAGAAGAAGAAUAUAAGAAGAAGACUCGGAUCACUCGAGAAGAUAUCAAGAAGUUCAGAGACUGGGUGGAGACACAGCCACAUCUACCAGCAGAACAUAUUACUGAACUGGACCUCAUCUUAACCUACCACUGCUGCAACAGAAGCUCUGAGGUGUCGAAGCAGGUGCUGGAUCUCCACUACACCUUGAAGACACUCUUCAAUAACUUCUUCAAAGACAGAUUCGUGGAUGACAAGAUGUUGAAGACUUUUAGUUAUUACGUCCUGACUCCACUUGAAGCGAGAGCGUACGAUGAGUCCGCCAUCGUGUACUGCCGACUCCUCAACACUGAUGUCAAGAACUUCGUUUUCGCUGAUGCUAUUAGGGCAGUCCUAAUGCUAGUGGACAUAUGGCAGUAUGAGGAGGGCACAUGGCCAGGGUUUAUGAUAGUCAUCGACCUGGACCAGUGCACGCUGUCACACAUCGCUAGGCUCGACCUGCAGUCUGUGCAGCAGUUCCUAUACUUCUUACAGGAAGCCAUGUUACUCAAAAUCAAAAGUUUGCACUUUCUAAAUGCGCCAUCGUUCAUGGAUAAGUUGAUGAUGAUCCUGCGGCCGUUCAUGAAGAAAGAGCUCCUGGACAUGUUGAGCAUCCACCAGAUAGGAUCGAAAACUAUUGGAAAGUUCAUGCCGAUUGAAGGUCUGCCGAAAGAAUCAGGUGGAGAGUACAAAACACUACAGCAGUGUACCGAUGACGUGUUGGUAAGAAUUAGGAAUGCGAAAGAAUUCUUCGCACAGGAGAACAAGAAACGCGUGGUGGAGUCCAAGAGACCUGGCAAACCGAAGACCAUCUCCGAUAUCUUCGGCGGAGUGGAGGGAUCCUUCAAGAAACUUGAUAUCGAUUGA